UGCGCGCAGGGAGCGCAGAGACCCUCGUGGGAGUGGAGAGUGCGGGCUCUAGAGCCGGCGCGCAUGGAGCGCAGCGCGGAGUUCCACAGGUGGAAGGAGCAGUGUCUGAGCAAAGCCGACCUCAGCCGCAAAGGCAGCGUGGACGAGGACGUGGUGGGGCUCGUGCAGCUCCUGAAUGCGCGUGAGCAGUUUUUCACCACCAGUUCCUGCGCUGGCCGCGUCCUCCUUCUGGACGGGGUUAUAGAUGGUUUCCAGGUUCAGAAACAAAACUGUUGCUGGCUACUAGUUACACACAAACCUUGUGUAAAAGAGGAUGUGAUGGUAGCCCUGAAGAAAGCAAAUGGUGAUGCCGUUUUGAAAUUUGAACCAUUUGUUCUUCAUGUGCAGUGUCGGCAGUUGGAAGAUGCACAGAUUCUGCAUUCAGUGGCAGUUGAUUCUGGUUUCAGGAACUCUGGCAUCACAGUGGGAAAAAGAGGAAAAACUAUGUUGGCUGUCCGGAGUACACAUGGCUUGGAAGUUCCAUUAAGUCAUAAGGGAAAACUGAUGGUGACAGAGGAAUAUAUUGACUUCCUGUUAAAAAUAGCAAAUCAAAAAAUGGAGGAAAACAAGAAAAGAAUUGAAAGGUUUUACAAUUGUCUACAACAUGCCUUGGAAAGAGAAACUGUUACCAAGACCAAAGAGGAAAAUAAAUCAUCCACCCGUACUUACAAGAAAAAAAGAAACCCAGAAAAAGCACAUGGCAAAUAUAUUGCUAAAGAAAAUGAUGAAAAGCUUGAAAACGAUGAUGGUGAUCCAGAAUUCAGUCUUACUAUCUUCCCUGAAGAUUACUAAGAUUUGGUUGUGAAGUGUUUUGGUAAACUAAUAUUUCUGAAAGACUUUAGAAAGUUGCUUUUUGUAAGAGUAUAUUAAUUUUAUUGAGUAUAUCAUCCAGAAAAUACUUAAUUUCUCUUCGUUUUAGAGAACUCCAUCUUAAAAGUAUAGAUGAUUUUUAAAAAUAGUCUUGUGUAAAGUUUGCUUGUUUAAUCUUACCUUUUGUAGGCACAGAGAGAGUCAUUGCAAAAAUGAAAGUAAUGACUUUCAAUGCCUCUCUUUUUUGUUGUUUCAGUUUCAAUUUCUAUUUCUAUGAAAUAGAAAAACCAAAUAUAAUACCCUGUGAAGACAACCCUAACAUUAUGGACAUUUGGGUAAAAGUCAUAGUAACACUCCAUUUAUUUUUAACUUUGAAACGUUCUUAAGCUUUUAGAGAGAGGAAGGUCAGAGUUUACUUGGAGUCCAGUGACAAGCCUUUUCCUCCUUUUAGACCUUACAGAUAAAACAACUCCUGCCAUUUUUGUUCAGGGCAAAACAUGUUCUUUCUCAUGAACCAGAGCUAACCAACAGCACAGUUUUUGAAACACAUGCACAUAGUUUUUCACUAAUGCUGAUCAGACAUCCUAGUAGAAUAAAUGUGCUAUGGAAAAUUGCAAGGAUCAGAAGCCUUGAGUUUGAAUUCUGAAGUUGGAUCCUUAAGCAAACUGCUUCAUUUCCCAGAGCUUCCGUUUCAUGCUCUUCUGCAUAAUAGCAAUUCUAAUACCUGCCUUUUUUUGCACUGCAGGAGUAUCACAGGACCAGGUUAAAAAUGUGAUAACAUUUGCUAAUAGACCAUUAUGCAUAUAUGUUACAAUUUAUUUUCAUUACAAAAUGAAGGUCAUUUUAUACUAUAUUUUCAGAAUGUACCAAAUCCUAAAAAUUACAUA